AUGAACAUGGAACAUUCAUGUGCUCAACUAAUGGAUAUGCCCGAUGAGAUACUUCUGUUUAUUUUAACCAAAUUAACCAAUAUUGAGGUCCUUUAUUCCCUAAUAGGCGUUAAUAUAGAACUUGAUAAAAUCGCAAGCGAUCCUGUCUUUACGAAUCAUUUAACAUUAAUGAAAUGUUCAUCGAAUGGUGAUAUCUAUCCAUUGGCUACAUCAAUCCUUGAUCGAUUCUGUUUGCAAAUAUUGCCUAAAAUUCAACAUCAAAUCAACUGGCUCAACCUUGAAUUAUUAUCUAUGAAACGUAUUCUUCUAGCUGGCUACUAUCCUAACUUACGUGGAUUUGGUCUUUUUAUUGUUGAACCUGAAACAGUUGCACAUCUGUUUGUUGAGGAAGAUCAUUUCGGGCACACCGUAAAAAAUCGUAUUUCGACACUGAUCAUCACAUUAUCCGACAAAGAAAAAAAAAUAUUCAGUAGAAGUAGAAUGAAGGCAAUCUGUACUCGUGUCUUUACUAUAUUUACCAAUUUAAUCUGUUUGAAGUUUUACCCAUAUUCUGAUAUUUACAUUAACUUCGUUGAAAGAUUGACAUUUAAUCAGCCAAGGGAAUAUGUAACAUUUUCUUCUUCAACUUUGACACAAUUAUAUAUCAACGUUGAAACGUUCAAUGACUGUCUUUAUCUUCUUGAUGGUCGUUUCAAACAACUUCAUAGAUUCUAUGUUAAUGCUCUUAUCUCUACUCCUCCAUUGUCAACAAUUCCUAACACAGCAGAAUUAAUAAAUUUAAAAUGUUUUUCAUUAACUUGUGAUAUAGGCAUAGGCUUUUACGAAGAAUCGCUUGUGUCUCUCCUACAUCGAAUGUCGAAUCUAGAAGAACUUUCCUUGUAUACCUCGAUCUGUCGUUUUAGCCAUGGUAAAACAUUCAUCGAUGGAAAUAAUUUGAAGCAUGAUAUUAUUUAUCAUAUGUCAAAGUUAAAGAAGUUCAUGUUUAGUAUCCAUUCAGAUAUAUUGAUCGAUCAAUCGAUUUCUUUACCAUCAAAUGAAGAUAUUCAACGUACAUUUGAAGAUCUUAAAGAUUAUCAAAUUAUUUCUUAUGUCGAUUAUUUUCCAAAGGAAAAUAUUGGUCAGUGUCAUAUAUAUUCGUAUCCAUCUAGAAUGAUAUAUUAUCACAAUCUUACAAAUAGUUUUCCCGGUGGAUUAUUCAAAUUUGUUCACAGAGUUUUAAUAUAUGAUGAACGUCCUUUUGAAUAUGAAUUUUUUAUCCGAAUUGCUAAAGCGUUCCCAUUUCUUAAAAUGCUGACCAUAGAAAAUCGGUCACCUCAACUAAACGAAGAUAAUCAAAAUUUACCAAUCAUUGAAUAUCCUCAUCUUAUUCAUCUAGAUCUCGCAAGUGCUCAUGAUAAUUAUAUUGAACAAUUGCUUGUUAAUACGAAAACUUGUCUAUCAAAUUAUAUUCAUCUUGUUAUCUCUUACCGUUCUCUACAAAGAGUAACACACAACUUCACAAGAGAUACAAUGCGAGUGAAUUGUGCCAAAGUCAAAUAUUUAUAUGUUUGUGAUAAAUCGGACGUUCCCGAACAAUUUCAUGUAUAUUUUCCCUAUGUAGAAAAUUUUUAA